CUGGGUGGUUAUUCGAGUCGAUUCGAUCCGAUUCGAGUCGAUUCGAGUCGAUUCGAGUCGAUUCGAGUCGAUUCGAGCCGAUUCGAGCCGAUUCGAGUCGAUUCGAGCCGAUUCGAAUCGAUUCGAAUCGAUUCGAAUCGAUUCGAAUCGAUUCGAGGCAUUUUUUUAAUUUUUCUGGGUGGUUAUUCGAGUCUGGGUGGUUAUUCGAGUCGAUUCGAUCCGAUUCGAGUCGAUUCGAGUCGAUUCGAGUCGAUUCGAGCCGAUUCGAGUCGAUUCGAGCCGAUUCGAGUCCGAUUCGAGUCGAUUCGAGUCGAUUCGAGCCGAUUCGAGCCGAUUCGAGUCGAUUCGAGCCGAUUCGAAUCGAUUCGAAUCGAUUCGAAUCGAUUCGAAUCGAUUCGAAUCGAUUCGAGGCAUUUUUUUAAUUUUUCUGGGUGGUUAUUCGAGUCUGGGUGGUUAUUCGAGUCGAUUCGAUCCGAUUCGAGUCGAUUCGAGUCGAUUCGAGUCGAUUCGAGUCGAUUCGAGCCGAUUCGAGCCGAUUCGAGUCGAUUCGAGCCGAUUCGAAUCGAUUCGAAUCGAUUCGAAUCGAUUCGAAUCGAUUCGAGGCAUUUUUUUAAUUUUUCUGGGUGGUUAUUCGAGUCUGGGUGGUUAUUCGAGUCGAUUCGAUCCGAUUCGAGUCGAUUCGAGUCGAUUCGAGUCGAUUCGAGUCGAUUCGAGCCGAUUCGAGCCGAUUCGAGUCGAUUCGAGCCGAUUCGAAUCGAUUCGAAUCGAUUCGAAUCGAUUCGAAUCGAUUCGAGGCAUUUUUUUAAUUUUUCUGGGUGGUUAUUCGAGUCUGGGUGGUUAUUCGAGUCGAUUCGAUCCGAUUCGAGUCGAUUCGAGUCGAUUCGAGUCGAUUCGAGUCGAUUCGAGUCGAUUCGAGCCGAUUCGAGUCGAUUCGAGUCGAUUCGAGUCGAUUCGAGCCGAUUCGAGCCGAUUCGAGUCGAUUCGAGCCGAUUCGAAUCGAUUCGAAUCGAUUCGAAUCGAUUCGAAUCGAUUCGAAUCGAUUCGAGGCAUUUUUUUUUAAUUUUUCUGGGUGGUUAUUCGAGUCUGGGUGGUUAUUCGAGUCGAUUCGAUCCGAUUCGAGUCGAUUCGAGUCGAUUCGAGUCGAUUCGAGUCGAUUCGAGCCGAUUCGAGCCGAUUCGAGUCGAUUCGAGCCGAUUCGAAUCGAUUCGAAUCGAUUCGAAUCGAUUCGAAUCGAUUCGAGGCAUUUUUUUAAUUUUUCUGGGUGGUUAUUCGAGUCUGGGUGGUUAUUCGAGUCGAUUCGAUCCGAUUCGAGUCGAUUCGAGUCGAUUCGAGUCGAUUCGAGUCGAUUCGAGCCGAUUCGAGCCGAUUCGAGUCGAUUCGAGCCGAUUCGAAUCGAUUCGAAUCGAUUCGAAUCGAUUCGAAUCGAUUCGAGGCAUUUUUUUAAUUUUUCUGGGUGGUUAUUCGAGUCUGGGUGGUUAUUCGAGUCGAUUCGAUCCGAUUCGAGUCGAUUCGAGUCGAUUCGAGUCGAUUCGAGUCGAUUCGAGCCGAUUCGAGCCGAUUCGAGUCGAUUCGAGCCGAUUCGAAUCGAUUCGAAUCGAUUCGAAUCGAUUCGAAUCGAUUCGAAUCGAUUCGAGGCAUUUUUUUAAUUUUUCUGGGUGGUUAUUCGAGUCUGGGUGGUUAUUCGAGUCGAUUCGAUCCGAUUCGAGUCGAUUCGAGUCGAUUCGAGUCGAUUCGAGUCGAUUCGAGCCGAUUCGAGCCGAUUCGAGUCGAUUCGAGCCGAUUCGAAUCGAUUCGAAUCGAUUCGAAUCGAUUCGAAUCGAUUCGAGGCAUUUUUUUAAUUUUUCUGGGUGGUUAUUCGAGUCUGGGUGGUUAUUCGAGUCGAUUCGAUCCGAUUCGAGUCGAUUCGAGUCGAUUCGAGUCGAUUCGAGUCGAUUCGAGCCGAUUCGAGCCGAUUCGAGUCGAUUCGAGCCGAUUCGAAUCGAUUCGAAUCGAUUCGAAUCGAUUCGAUCGAUUCGAAUCGAUUCGAAUCGAUUCGAAUCGAUUCGAAUCGAUUCGAGGCAUUUUUUUAAUUUUUCUGGGUGGUUAUUCGAGUCUGGGUGGUUAUUCGAGUCGAUUCGAUCCGAUUCGAGUCGAUUCGAGUCGAUUCGAGUCGAUUCGAGUCGAUUCGAGCCGAUUCGAGCCGAUUCGAGUCGAUUCGAGCCGAUUCGAAUCGAUUCGAAUCGAUUCGAAUCGAUUCGAAUCGAUUCGAGGCAUUUUUUUAAUUUUUCUGGGUGGUUAUUCGAGUCUGGGUGGUUAUUCGAGUCGAUUCGAUCCGAUUCGAGUCGAUUCGAGUCGAUUCGAGUCGAUUCGAGUCGAUUCGAGGCAUUUUUUUUUAAUUUUUCUGGGUGGUUAUUCGAGUCUGGGUGGUUAUUCGAGUCGAUUCGAUCCGAUUCGAGUCGAUUCGAGUCGAUUCGAGCCGAUUCGAGCCGAUUCGAGUCGAUUCGAGCCGAUUCGAAUCGAUUCGAAUCGAUUCGAAUCGAUUCGAAUCGAUUCGAGGCAUUUUUUUAAUUUUUCUGGGUGGUUAUUCGAGUCUGGGUGGUUAUUCGAGUCGAUUCGAUCCGAUUCGAGUCGAUUCGAGUCGAUUCGAGUCGAUUCGAGUCGAUUCGAGCCGAUUCGAGCCGAUUCGAGUCGAUUCGAGCCGAUUCGAAUCGAUUCGAAUCGAUUCGAAUCGAUUCGAAUCGAUUCGAGGCAUUUUUUUAAUUUUUCUGGGUGGUUAUUCGAGUCUGGGUGGUUAUUCGAGUCGAUUCGAUCCGAUUCGAGUCGAUUCGAGUCGAUUCGAGUCGAUUCGAGUCGAUUCGAGCCGAUUCGAGCCGAUUCGAGUCGAUUCGAGCCGAUUCGAAUCGAUUCGAAUCGAUUCGAAUCGAUUCGAAUCGAUUCGAAUCGAUUCGAGGCAUUUUUUUUUAAUUUUUCUGGGUGGUUAUUCGAGUCUGGGUGGUUAUUCGAGUCGAUUCGAUCCGAUUCGAGUCGAUUCGAGUCGAUUCGAGUCGAUUCGAGUCGAUUCGAGCCGAUUCGAGCCGAUUCGAGUCGAUUCGAGCCGAUUCGAAUCGAUUCGAAUCGAUUCGAAUCGAUUCGAAUCGAUUCGAGGCAUUUUUUUAAUUUUUCUGGGUGGUUAUUCGAGUCUGGGUGGUUAUUCGAGUCGAUUCGAUCCGAUUCGAGUCGAUUCGAGUCGAUUCGAGUCGAUUCGAGUCGAUUCGAGCCGAUUCGAGCCGAUUCGAGUCGAUUCGAGCCGAUUCGAAUCGAUUCGAAUCGAUUCGAAUCGAUUCGAAUCGAUUCGAGGCAUUUUUUUAAUUUUUCUGGGUGGUUAUUCGAGUCUGGGUGGUUAUUCGAGUCGAUUCGAUCCGAUUCGAGUCGAUUCGAGUCGAUUCGAGUCGAUUCGAGUCGAUUCGAGCCGAUUCGAGCCGAUUCGAGUCGAUUCGAGCCGAUUCGAAUCGAUUCGAAUCGAUUCGAAUCGAUUCGAAUCGAUUCGAGGCAUUUUUUUAAUUUUUCUGGGUGGUUAUUCGAGUCUGGGUGGUUAUUCGAGUCGAUUCGAUCCGAUUCGAGUCGAUUCGAGUCGAUUCGAGUCGAUUCGAGUCGAUUCGAGCCGAUUCGAGCCGAUUCGAGUCGAUUCGAGCCGAUUCGAGUCGAUUCGAGCCGAUUCGAAUCGAUUCGAAUCGAUUCGAAUCGAUUCGAAUCGAUUCGAGGCAUUUUUUUAAUUUUUCUGGGUGGUUAUUCGAGUCUGGGUGGUUAUUCGAGUCGAUUCGAUCCGAUUCGAGUCGAUUCGAGUCGAUUCGAGUCGAUUCGAGUCGAUUCGAGCCGAUUCGAGCCGAUUCGAGUCGAUUCGAGCCGAUUCGAAUCGAUUCGAAUCGAUUCGAAUCGAUUCGAAUCGAUUCGAGGCAUUUUUUUUAAUUUUUCUGGGUGGUUAUUCGAGUCUGGGUGGUUAUUCGAGUCGAUUCGAUCCGAUUCGAGUCGAUUCGAGUCGAUUCGAGUCGAUUCGAGUCGAUUCGAGCCGAUUCGAGCCGAUUCGAGUCGAUUCGAGCCGAUUCGAAUCGAUUCGAAUCGAUUCGAAUCGAUUCGAAUCGAUUCGAGGCAUUUUUUUAAUUUUUCUGGGUGGUUAUUCGAGUCUGGGUGGUUAUUCGAGUCGAUUCGAUCCGAUUCGAGUCGAUUCGAGUCGAUUCGAGUCGAUUCGAGUCGAUUCGAGCCGAUUCGAGCCGAUUCGAGUCGAUUCGAGCCGAUUCGCCGAUUCGAAUCGAUUCGAAUCGAUUCGAAUCGAUUCGAAUCGAUUCGAGGCAUUUUUUUAAUUUUUCUGGGUGGUUAUUCGAGUCUGGGUGGUUAUUCGAGUCGAUUCGAUCCGAUUCGAGUCGAUUCGAGUCGAUUCGAGUCGAUUCGAGUCGAUUCGAGCCGAUUCGAGCCGAUUCGAGUCGAUUCGAGCCGAUUCGAAUCGAUUCGAAUCGAUUCGAAUCGAUUCGAAUCGAUUCGAGGCAUUUUUUUAAUUUUUCUGGGUGGUUAUUCGAGUCUGGGUGGUUAUUCGAGUCGAUUCGAUCCGAUUCGAGUCGAUUCGAGUCGAUUCGAGUCGAUUCGAGUCGAUUCGAGCCGAUUCGAGCCGAUUCGAGUCGAUUCGAGCCGAUUCGAAUCGAUUCGAAUCGAUUCGAAUCGAUUCGAAUCGAUUCGAGGCAUUUUUUUAAUUUUUCUGGGUGGUUAUUCGAGUCUGGGUGGUUAUUCGAGUCGAUUCGAUCCGAUUCGAGUCGAUUCGAGUCGAUUCGAGUCGAUUCGAGUCGAUUCGAGCCGAUUCGAGCCGAUUCGAGUCGAUUCGAGCCGAUUCGAAUCGAUUCGAAUCGAUUCGAAUCGAUUCGAAUCGAUUCGAGGCAUUUUUUUAAUUUUUCUGGGUGGUUAUUCGAGUCUGGGUGGUUAUUCGAGUCGAUUCGAUCCGAUUCGAGUCGAUUCGAGUCGAUUCGAGUCGAUUCGAGUCGAUUCGAGCCGAUUCGAGCCGAUUCGAGUCGAUUCGAGCCGAUUCGAAUCGAUUCGAAUCGAUUCGAAUCGAUUCGAAUCGAUUCGAGGCAUUUUUUUAAUUUUUCUGGGUGGUUAUUCGAGUCUGGGUGGUUAUUCGAGUCGAUUCGAUCCGAUUCGAGUCGAUUCGAGUCGAUUCGAGUCGAUUCGAGUCGAUUCGAGCCGAUUCGAGCCGAUUCGAGUCGAUUCGAGCCGAUUCGAAUCGAUUCGAAUCGAUUCGAAUCGAUUCGAAUCGAUUCGAGGCAUUUUUUUUUAAUUUUUCUGGGUGGUUAUUCGAGUCUGGGUGGUUAUUCGAGUCGAUUCGAUCCGAUUCGAGUCGAUUCGAGUCGAUUCGAGUCGAUUCGAGUCGAUUCGAGCCGAUUCGAGCCGAUUCGAGUCGAUUCGAGCCGAUUCGAAUCGAUUCGAAUCGAUUCGAAUCGAUUCGAAUCGAUUCGAGGCAUUUUUUUUUAAUUUUUCUGGGUGGUUAUUCGAGUCUGGGUGGUUAUUCGAGUCGAUUCGAUCCGAUUCGAGUCGAUUCGAGUCGAUUCGAGUCGAUUCGAGUCGAUUCGAGCCGAUUCGAGCCGAUUCGAGUCGAUUCGAGCCGAUUCGAAUCGAUUCGAAUCGAUUCGAGGCAUUUUUUUUUAAUUUUUCUGGGUGGUUAUUCGAGUCUGGGUGGUUAUUCGAGUCGAUUCGAUCCGAUUCGAGUCGAUUCGAGUCGAUUCGAGUCGAUUCGAGUCGAUUCGAGCCGAUUCGAGCCGAUUCGAGUCGAUUCGAGCCGAUUCGAAUCGAUUCGAAUCGAUUCGAAUCGAUUCGAAUCGAUUCGAGGCAUUUUUUUUAAUUUUUCUGGGUGGUUAUUCGAGUCUGGGUGGUUAUUCGAGUCGAUUCGAUCCGAUUCGAGUCGAUUCGAGUCGAUUCGAGUCGAUUCGAGUCGAUUCGAGCCGAUUCGAGCCGAUUCGAGUCGAUUCGAGCCGAUUCGAAUCGAUUCGAAUCGAUUCGAAUCGAUUCGAAUCGAUUCGAGGCAUUUUUAAUUUUUCUGGGUGGUUAUUCGAGUCUGGGUGGUUAUUCGAGUCGAUUCGAUCCGAUUCGAGUCGAUUCGAGUCGAUUCGAGUCGAUUCGAGUCGAUUCGAGCCGAUUCGAGCCGAUUCGAGUCGAUUCGAGCCGAUUCGAAUCGAUUCGAAUCGAUUCGAAUCGAUUCGAAUCGAUUCGAGGCAUUUUUUUAAUUUUUCUGGGUGGUUAUUCGAGUCUGGGUGGUUAUUCGAGUCGAUUCGAUCCGAUUCGAGUCGAUUCGAGUCGAUUCGAGUCGAUUCGAGUCGAUUCGAGCCGAUUCGAGCCGAUUCGAGUCGAUUCGAGCCGAUUCGAAUCGAUUCGAAUCGAUUCGAAUCGAUUCGAAUCGAUUCGAGGCAUUUUUUAAUUUUUCUGGGUGGUUAUUCGAGUCUGGGUGGUUAUUCGAGUCGAUUCGAUCCGAUUCGAGUCGAUUCGAGUCGAUUCGAGUCGAUUCGAGUCGAUUCGAGCCGAUUCGAGCCGAUUCGAGUCGAUUCGAGCCGAUUCGAAUCGAUUCGAAUCGAUUCGAAUCGAUUCGAAUCGAUUCGAGGCAUUUUUUUAAUUUUUCUGGGUGGUUAUUCGAGUCUGGGUGGUUAUUCGAGUCGAUUCGAUCCGAUUCGAGUCGAUUCGAGUCGAUUCGAGUCGAUUCGAGUCGAUUCGAGCCGAUUCGAGCCGAUUCGAGUCGAUUCGAGCCGAUUCGAAUCGAUUCGAAUCGAUUCGAAUCGAUUCGAAUCGAUUCGAGGCAUUUUUUUAAUUUUUCUGGGUGGUUAUUCGAGUCUGGGUGGUUAUUCGAGUCGAUUCGAUCCGAUUCGAGUCGAUUCGAGUCGAUUCGAGUCGAUUCGAGUCGAUUCGAGCCGAUUCGAGCCGAUUCGAGUCGAUUCGAGCCGAUUCGAAUCGAUUCGAAUCGAUUCGAUUCGAAUCGACUCGAAUCGAUUCGAAUCGAUUCGAAUCGAUUCGAGGCAUUUUUUUUUAUUUUUCUGGGUGGUUAUUCGAGUCUGGGUGGUUAUUCGAGUCGAUUCGAUCCGAUUCGAGUCGAUUCGAGUCGAUUCGAGUCGAUUCGAGUCGAUUCGAGCCGAUUCGAGCCGAUUCGAGUCGAUUCGAGCCGAUUCGAAUCGAUUCGAAUCGAUUCGAAUCGAUUCGAAUCGAUUCGAAUCGAUUCGAGGCAUUUUUUUUUAA